AUGGCGCUGCCAUAUACAGUUGCCCCGCAUCUCAGCUACUUCAAGGCUCCGCUCGCUGACUUUUUGGCCGCGCGGCCGGAGUUCGACAGUCUCGGCGUGGGUGGCUAUCUCGUCUCAACACACGCCGUAUCUGAUGCCGGGGCUCCCCGAAUCUUGCUACUGCAGCGGGCUCUCACUGACACAAUGGGCGGCUGCUGGGAAGGUCCCGGGGGUGCAACCGAGCCGGGCGAAGACGAGACUCUCCUGGAUGGAGUGGCGCGCGAGGUUCUCGAAGAGACCGGACUCCACGUUUCGCAUAUCGCCGAGCUAGUAGCAGUGGAUAGCUGGAAUCAUGUCCGUGGCACUGGAGAGAAGCUGCGCAUCGCCAAAUACUCGUUUCUGGUGGAGGUUCAUGAGGCCAGUCGCCAAGGCCCCGAUGCCAAGACACAUUUAGUCUCCAGAGACGAGAUCCCUGUGAAGCUGGAUGCAGCCGAACAUCAAGCUUUCAAUUGGGCACUUGAAGAAGAGAUUCAACUUUCACUACUUUCCUCAGAGGGCAAAUAUUCUCUGCCACGCUCCGUUGCAGCGUUCGCGCAUCAGGGACCCAACAUUCUUCGCGCAUUUGAUCUAUUUAGACAACGCCAGGGGAGGACAGCUACGCUGUGA